UGAAUUCUCUAUCGGAAAUGUUUCCAAUACCACGCUUGAACGAGCAAGUUUAAUUUCUUAUGAAAAUAUUUCAAUGAUUUUUAGUCCUUAAUAAUGUUGUUUAAAGUGCUUACAUUUGCUUCCGUUUGUUAUUUUAUGUUAAAAUUAUGUGUAUGUAGCAGAAGGAUAGUCGGAGGUAAAUUUACACCUUAUGAGAAGCAAUACAUGGUAUACUUCGUUAAAUCAGAACUGACUAAAUCAGUAGAUUCUGGGCGCGACAUUGGAGACUCCUGGUUAUGUGGAGGUGCAAUAGUAUCGCCUACCCAGAUAUUGACGGCAGCUGCUUGCCUCCUAGAGUAUAAAAAGAUUUACGCCAUAGCUGGUUACAGGAGAUACAUCAGAACAUACGACCUUGAGAGAGAUCAGUGCACCAAGAGAUGGAAACAACGUGUUGUUAAAACGUGCGUCCCGAAAGCUUAUAAAUUUGACCACUCCAAGCCUAUUCAUUGGCUGAGCAUGGAUGUCGGUGUUGCCACUGUGGAAAAACCCUACAACUUCUCAGACUUGACCUACCGCCUUCAUUGUCACUAUACGCCGGCGCCAGUGAAAAUAUUAUACGAAGAAGUGUACCAAGCAGAGGGCAUUGAUGUUCUUAUGUUAGGAUGGGGGCAUGUUAGAGCACGACAGGUUCACAAUAUAAAUGAUCUGAAUUCGCCGUACUUGCGUGAGGCGUCGGGGAAGAUUCAGGCAAAAAGCUAUUGUCGAUCGAAAUUGCCUACACAGUUAAUAUCGGAGGAACUCAUUAACAAAUAUCUGAUUUGCGUACACAAUAAGGGGAAAAUAGGAGGCGGUGGUGAACUAUUAGUACGCGGAGAAACAAAUAAUGCUGAGUGUGCGAGAAGAAAUAUGGACCCAAGUGACCCUAGGUGCGCUAACACUACUCUCGACGAAUAUGACUAUUAUGAUUUUAGAAGACACAGUAAUCGAACUGAUGGAUUUGAAGCAAAAAGACAGCUAAACGCAUCCUUUGAAAAAUUCUUAUAUACAAGGAGGCAAGGGAUUUGUCAGAAUGAUCAUGGCGGGCCACUUAUAACUUGGGUAGGGAAAGAAGAAGUGCUAAUUGGAAUUGCUCUCACUGGACUACUAAGUGACACUUACGAAUGUAUCGGCCCAUUUAUAUUCACUAGUGCUUAUUGCGCGAGCCACAUUAUCCAGUGCCUGCUUCUUACUGAUUCUGAAGAACGAGACAAAAUGGCAGAGGAAGAAGGUUACCAAAUUGAAGAAGUUGAAAUCGAAUGGGAGGAUUUAACACGAAACAGAAAUACUCCAGAACCAGGUUUCAAAACGCAACAAAACAAGCCAGGGAAGCAAACAACACACAUGCAACAAAAACACGCACAAUAUGUUAUGACGAAACAAACUAAAAAACAACCACGACAGAAGAUUCAACCAAAAACGCAAUCAAACGUUUCGACAGGCCCACAAAGUUAUGUUCGAUAUAAACAGAUAAAACCCAUUAAUUUUGAAUAUAGCAAAGCACCCCCAAUAUUAAGGAAUUUAGAACCUAAACAAAAUCAGCUGUAUUAUAUUUCGGCACAACAACAAUCUUAUGUAAAAUCGCAACCACUUGCAAUACCACCUGAAUUAAUAUCACAACUGUAUGUACCUUUGGAACAUUCUAAUGUUGUGUCGCAUACGCGUCUUCCUUGGCCACCAGAAAAAAAUAUAGCUUUUAAUAAAGCCACAGAUAGCUACUACGCGAAAAUAAGGAAUGUCGGUUUUUGAUACAAUUUAAGUUUUAAUUAUUUUUGUAUUUUUAACGAUAAAAUAUAAAUGUUAUAAUCAG